UGAGCCCAACACAGCUCACACUGCCCCAGGGGGUCUGGGGUAGGGAGGGAGGGAGGGAGAGCUGGGGUGGGAAGGGCCGUGUCUGGAAGAUGUGAUAAAGUGUCACAGGAGAGCACAGGGCCCAUCUUAUCCAUGUGAGGGCUCUGCAUCCAGCAGAAGGGGCUCCGCUGUGAUGGCAAAGAGCUGAACUACAGGAACAGAGGUUGGUGGUGCCCAGGGGCUGGAGGCAGUGCUUCAAUGUAUUGCAGAUGCAACACUGCUUUCUUGUGAAGCUCUGCUUUCUAAAGCUGACAAAAGCAGAGGGAAAUUAGAAUGGGGAACUGCAGGGAUCUCUGAGAGCUGCCAUGAGCAGUUGGGCUGAUGGGAAGCACUGCAUGGCCAGGAUGGGGCAGGAGCUGCAGCCACGACAACAAAUGGGGCAGAGGAGGAGUGGGGCACACGUUGGGACCUCCUGCACGUCGGGAGCUUUUCAGUAGGGAAACCAGAUAAAAGCAGGUGGAGCCAUUCAUCCUCUGCAUGAGAGGCAGACAAGAGCAGCAGCAGGUCCGGGUACACUGCAUGUGUGUCCCCAUCCUGCCCCAAUCUGGCACUGCCCCAAGGAGACAUCAGACAGUGCUGUUAUCUGCACAGCGCCCAGCCUGACGUCAGCGCCCGCGCGCUGCCCCAGCGGCCAACAGGAGAUGGGGCCAAAAGAGAAUUACAGAACUGGAAUCGAGUUAAGCCUAAUUCAAUUAACGGCAAUCAGCGGGAAAUAGCUCUUGUCAAACAAACCUGAUUUUGUUUUCUGAUGAGAUGGGAAGUUUGGUUAACCUGUGUGUGUGUGUGUGUGUAGGGUCUGGAGAUGCACCGCUGCUGCUCUGUGUCCAGGUGGGAUGGCACUGAGCUGAGAGGCAUCAGGAGAGUGAGGGCAGAAUGGAAUGGCUGAGGGACCUCGACUGAAGCUGCCAGACCCAACAUCACAACAGGCGCUGGUUGCACGGUACUGCAGUGCCUGGCCCCAGGCUGGGAGCUGUUCUGUGCUGCUCUCAUCGGGUUUCCUAAAAACAAUGCAAACUGCGUGGGGAAAGGCAAAGUCAUGAAGGGCAGGCCAAGAAACUGACAGAGCUGAGAAGAACCGGCUGCCCUGAGCUGCACACGUGGUGUGGCUCCCACUGCAUCCCAGUGAGCAGGGGCUGUGAGAGCAGUGGGCAGCACCUCAGGGAUACCAAAGGCAGUGCAAUUUUGGAUGCACAGGGGGGAAAUAGAGAUUAUAUUAAAAAAAAAAAAAAUUAAAUUGCGAUCUUGUAGCUGUGUGGAUAGCAAUUCUCUCAAGCUAAGCCAUGCUACGAUUCAGUUCCCUGGAUCCAUCCCUACAGACAUCCGAGGUCAGGGCAUCAGUGAGCGCUGACGGAGCUGUGGGGGUCUCUGUGCACUGCAGAGAGUGGGAUAAGAUGGGUUCAGGGGUCCCUUCCAACUCAACCCGUUCUAUGAACUUACUGUGAUGAGAAGUGCCUCUGUGGCCAAGCACGGGAAGGCAGGACAGGGGGCUGCAGCUGGAGGGAGCAGACAGGCAGGGUCAGAGGGGAAGAGAAGUGUGUGGUUAUAACCAUGGGAUCAGUGCAGCUGGGGCAAAAACCCAAGGUUCUCCAUCUCCAGUUGCCCACCAGCCUGCACUGCGCACUGCCUGCCAGGAAUGAGAGAAUCCCACUCUGUUAUGACAUGAACGCCACACAGGGCUGUGUUCUGCUUUGCUUUGUCCCUCAGCCUCGUGGACUGAUGAGUACGUGGGUUGUUGGUGCCACAUAAUUCAACCUUCCUCAGCUGAGGGUAGCAAUGGCUGCUGCUCGAGACAUCGUUUCUCUGGCUGCAGCUUCUCAGCUCAGUUUUGCCAUGCAGAGCACCGACCACAGCACCAGUUUUAAAACCUGACUGUGGGUAACAGAUCCUGAAAGGUUUUCCCUACAUUUUGUGAUGCCAUGUGUACAUGGUUUUAUGACCAAAGAAAUGGUAGCAAAAUCCAAAACUUUCUGUCUCUGUGUUGCAGGGAACUAAAGUCAGCUGUGCCAUGUUGGUCCCCAACCCAUCCAACACCACUCCUUUGCCUUUUCUCCUGCUGGGAAUCCCUGGCUUGGAAGAUGCCCACACGUGGAUUUCCAUCCCAUUCUGCUUUAUGUACAUCAUGGCCUUGCUGGGAAAUAGCACGGUCCUGCUUGCCGUGAGGCUGGACAAAAGUCUCCACGAGCCCAUGUACCAUUUCAUUUCCAUGCUGGCUGUCAUUGACCUCAUCUUCACAACUGCUGUAGUUCCCAAAAUGCUGAGUGUAUUCUUGCUGGGCUCCAGAGAGAUUGCUUUUCAGGCUUGCUUCACCCAGAUGUUCUUCAUCCACAUGUUCACUGCCGUGGAGUCAGGGGUGCUCCUGGCAAUGUCCUUUGACCGAUACGUGGCCAUCUGCAACCCCCUGAGAUACAUCACCAUCCUGACCGAGGCACGGACCACGCAGAUAGGGCUGCUCUCUCUGGCCCGGGGAGCUGCUGUCAUGACCCCUUUAAUGUGCCUCCUCACCAGCUUACCCUACUGCAGGGACAGGGUCAUCCCCCACUCCUACUGCGAGCACAUGGCCGUGGUGGAGCUGGCUUGUGCUGACCCAUCAGCCAGCCAUCUCUAUAGCAUCAUCGUGGCAACGCUGCUGGUCGGGACAGACUCUGUGUUCAUCACCUUCUCCUACGGGAUGAUCCUCAGGUCAGUGCUGAGGCUGCCAUCCCGCGGGGCUCGUCUCAAAUCCCUCAGCACCUGCGGGUCCCACGUGUCCGUCAUCCUCCUGUUCUACAUGGGCGGCCUCCUCUCCAUGUACCUGCAGAUGUUCUCUCUUGGCUUGGCACCUCACACCCGAGUCCUGGUGGCUGAUUUCUAUCUGACGGUCCCUCCCAUGCUCAACCCGCUCAUUUAUGGCAUGAAGAUGAAGCAGAUCCGGGAUGGGAUAUUCCGACUGCUGGAGCAGUUGCCAGGACUCAGGUUCUCAGAUGCUCACUGAGCCAGCAAGGCAUGCCCAGCAAACUGCUCAUCCUGCCCUAGGCUGUGCGUGACAGUGCGUGCAAUGAAUUGACCCCAGAAAUGUCCAUCUUUCUGCAGUGACUGCGAAGGGAACCUGGGCCAGGAGACAGGAAUGGUCACAGCUCAUUUCAGGCAAUAGCAUUGCUUUUUAAUUCUGCAAAGAGUGCAUGUGGGUUAACACCUGCUUUGGAGAGAGGAUAAAGAAAAGAAAACAUUUCCUGUAAAACGUGAUGCUUCCAUCCAUCUUUGCUUGCUGCAAUGCCUGCUCCCAGUUUCUCAGAACUGCUGUCGGACUCAUUCAGCUCUGCAGAGCCCCGGCCACACUGAUAGCAGCAAGCAGACCUGAACCUCGCAGACCAAAGGAGUGUGCUGGGCUGCUCCUGCCCAGGGGUUCCUGGUUGAGCUGCAUGAGGUUCCUGUUGCCCAGCUCUCCAGUGAACCAGGCAUAGAACCAUGGAAUCAUUAAGGCUGGAAAAGAUGCCCAAGUCCCACCCAACCCCUCUCUGCUGACCAUGCCCCAUUGCUCCCAGCUCCCCCAGCCCCAGGGCUGAAGACCCCCAAGGAAAGAGUCCCUUCCUCAUUGACUGAUGGAGUUUGCAGGAUGAGCUCUGUCACCAUCAGCAGCAAUUGGUAGCAUCAUGGCACCAAUUACCCUCCUGACACUUCCAACCAUUAAUCACAUGUCACGCAUUCAUUUUUCAUUUCUCCUUUGCAUACAGCAUCCAAAGCCAACAACAGCUUAACCCUUCAGGACCCCAGCGGGGUCUGCUGCUCAAAGGCAGCCCCUGAACCAAUGCACAGCACAGCCCUGCACUUUGCUGUCCCUCAAAAUCAGUGUGUUUUAACCCCAGCCAAAUGAGCACUGCCCAGCAGCACGUCUUACACCGCACACAGCCCCAGGUGGGAGGUGCAGCACUUUGAGGUGCUGUCUGGAAUGGGGCUGCAGGGGUUGGAGGGGACACCAAAGAGGCUUUCUCCUUUCACCUUUGCAUUUUCAGCCCCUGGCCCUGAGGGGCAUGAGGGGAGAAGGGGGGGAUUGGGAGGAUGCCUUUACAGACCUCUGAGAAGUUUGGGCUCAGCUGUUGUUUGUCACACAUCACAGCCAGGUGCCAGGGGACAGCACAGCCCCAAAACACACAUCCCUCUGCACAGGGGACAAACUGCAGCAGGGGAUGGACGUGUCCCAGUGCCACCAAUGCGCCCUGCAGAGCUGGGGUUAAGGAGGAGGGGUAAGGAUGGGGGCUGGAGUGGGUCCUGCUGGCCGGGGCUCCCCUCGCAGGGCUGUGGGGACGUGGGCUGCUCCCCCCACACAGAGCCACCGACUCUCAGCUCCCCCCAAGAAACCAAUGCAGGAUCCCCAGCGCCGCUAAUUGGCCCCACCCGCAACAGCCACCUGUAAUCAACUCUCCUGUAAUUACCGUCCAGCUCAUUAGCGCUAAUUGGACUGCUCCCAGGGAAAGAAGCCUAAUGGAAGCAAAACAAAACAAAACAAAGUUUAGUUGUGUUUAACUUCGAGUUGUUCAAAAGCCUGGAAAGAAAACCAGAAAGCCCCAAAGCACCACAGAGGGAUGCUGGAGUCCCCAGGGCGAGGGGAUGGCGCAGGGCUGAUGAUGGCACGUGGCCUUCUGCAGGCAGAUCAGCCUGCUCCCUCUGUGGGCUGCGCUCAUCUCACGGCAUCACAGCCACGCACUCUGAUGCUCCAUAGCAAAAUCCUGUUCCUGGCUGAUGGAGGGGCCAGAACACGUCUUCCCCCCAUGGAGAUCUCAUGGUGGGGCUGUGGGGACACAGAGGGGGGUGGUGUGGGGAGGGCCUCGAGGGGCUCGCUCUGAACGUGGACCAUGUCACGGCUUUUCCAGACAGCAGCACCACAGCAAACUCUUCAUCCUUCUGCAUCCCCAGCCCUGAGCACUGCUGUGCUGAGCAUCCCCGUGUUCCCAGACCCACUGCACCCAGCACCAGGCACCCUGCACCCCUGCUGCCAUCCCUCCAGGGCUGUGCAGGUGGCAGUAGGGGCUGAGUUGCAUCCCUCCCAUCCCAGCUGCUGGACUGGAACAAAUGCCACCAGGUCUAAGAGGGGUGGGCAGGGCUGGAUCACAGAGCUCAGGGAUAGAGGUCGUACUGCAACCUGCAUUUCCUGUUUUCUGCAUCCCCCUGCGCAGGCACAACCCUGGCACCAAACGCUGAGUGUCCCGGGUACCCCGGGGUGUUUUAUCCUGGAAGGAACAGAGGGACAAAACCAGAGCAUAGUCUGAGCGACCCUAGGGGCUGCCGGGCUGAGGGCCGGCAGUCCUUCCACAACCUUCCCCAAGAUCCCAUUGCGCUGCAUUGGGCUGUGCCAGCCGGAGCCCUGCAAGCAGGAGCUGGGAGCUGGCCGGGGGAUUGCAAAGCAGCUGGCGAAGGACCGUGGCAACGGGCAACGCGCGGCGAUGUGCGUCCUUAGUGCUCCCCCGUCCCGUGGAUCCAGGUCAGCGCUGCUGGGAGCGCGCGUGGAGUGCGGGAGGCACCUCCUGGCCGGACGGCAGCACCGCCAUCUGCCUGCAGCGUAACAGCCCUGCAGUGUAACAGCCCUGCAGUGUAACAGCCCUGCUCUGCCACAGCCCUGCUCUGCCACCUGCCUGCAGUGCCGCAGCCCUGCAGUGUAACAGCCCUGCAGUGCCAUUGCCCUGCGGUGUCCCCUGCCUUGUGGAAGGAAGGGAUGCCGUUCAGAGGGACAUCGAGAGGCUUGAAAGGUUGGGCCCAGGUGAACCUAACGAGGUUCAGCACAGCAAAGUGCAGAGUUUGGCACUUGGGCCGGGGGAA